GUUACGGCCUAUCUCCCGUAGCUCCGCCCUUUGGGCUACAGGGGGCGGUGCUGCCCUUCGGACUUCCAGGUUCUUUUGGGCAGAGAGCCCUGCAGUCCGUGGAAAACGGUCUGAGAGAGUGAUGGCUGCGACGCGCACAGCAUCGCGGGCCUGCGAGAUCUUCACGACGCUGGAAUACGGACCGGCACCGGAGAGCCACGCAUGCGCACUGGCCUGGUUGGACACCCAGGACCGGCACUUGGGUCACUAUGUUAAUGGACAGUGGUUAAAACCGGAACACAGGAGUUCAGUGCCUUGCCAGGAUCCCAUCACAGGAGAGAACUUGGCCAGUUGCCUGCAGGCACAGAGUGAGGAUGUGGCGGCUGCUGUGGAGGCUGCCAGAGCCUCGUUGGAGAACUGGAGCACGCAACCCGGAGCGUUUCGGGCCCAACAUCUGACCAGGCUGGCCAAGGCAAUCCAAAAGCACCAGCGGCUGCUGUGGACCCUGGAGUCCCUGGUUACCGGACGGGCCGUUCGAGAAGUUCGAGACAGGGAUGUGCCCCUGGCCCAGCAGCUGCUCCAGUACCACGCAGUCCAGGCGCACACCCAGGAGGAGGCGCUGGCAGGCUGGGAGCCCAUGGGAGUGAUUGGUCUCAUCCUGUCCCCCACCUUCCCCUUCCUGGACAUGAUGUGGAGGAUUUGCCCUGCACUGGCUAUGGGCUGCACUGUGGUGGUCGUGGCGCCCCCAGCCUCCCCGACGCCCCUCCUCCUGGCCCAGCUGGCAGGGGAGCUAGGCCCAUUCCCAGGAAUCCUCAAUGUGAUCAGCGGCCCUGCCUCCCUGGGGCCUGUCCUGGCUGCCCAACCUGGAGUCCAGAAGGUGGCCUUCUGUGGAGCCAUCGAGGAAGGACGCGCCCUACGGCGGACCCUGGCAGGCUGGGGUCCUGAGCUGGGCCUGGCACUGGGCUCUGAGUCGCUGCUGCUGCUGACGGAGGUGGCGGAUGUGGACUCGGCCGUGGAGGGUAUCGUGGAUGCAGCCUGGUCUGACCGCGGCCGGGGGGGCCUCAGGCUCCUCAUCCAGGAGGCAGUGUGGGAUGAGACGAUGAGGCGGCUCCAGGAAAGGAUGGGGCGGCUGCGCUGCGGCCGCGGGCUAGACGGGGCCGUGGACAUGGGGGCUCGGGGGGAUGCCGCCCGUGACCUGGCACAGCGCUACGUGCGCGAGGCCCAGAGCCAAGGUGCACAGGUCUUCCAGGCUGGCAGUGUGCCCUCAGACAGCCCAUUCUUCCCCCCGACUUUGGUCUCUGAUCUGCCUCCAGCCUCCCCAUGUACCCAGGCAGAGGUGCCAUGGCCUCUGGUGGUGGCCUCCCCGUUCCGCACAGCUAAGGAGGCCCUGGCUGUGGCCAACGGGACGCCCCGUGGAGGAAGUGCCAGCGUGUGGAGCGAGAGACUGGGGCAGGCCCUGGAGCUGGCCUACGGGCUCCAGGUGGGCACAGUCUGGAUCAAUGCUCAUGGCCUCAGGGACCCUGCAGUGCCCACGGGUGGCUGCAAGGAGAGCGGGUCCUCCUGGCAUGGGGGGCAAGAUGGUCUGUAUGAGUAUCUGCGGCCUUCGGGGACCCCUGCCUGGAUUCCCUACCUGUCCAAGACUCUCGACUAUGACUCCUUUGGCCUUGCUCUUCCUUCAACCCUACCAGCUGGACCUGAAACAGGCCCAGCACCCCCCUAUGGGCUCUUUGUGGGGGGCCGUUUCCAGGCUCCUGGAGCCAGGAGUUCCAGGCCCAUCCGGAAUUCACAGGGCAGUCUGCACGGCUACGUGGCUGAGGGCGGAGCCAAGGAUAUCCGCGGUGCCGUGGAGGCAGCUCACCAGGCCGCCCCCGGCUGGAUGAGCCAGUCCCCAGCGGCCAGAGCGGCUCUGCUGUGGGCCCUGGCAGCUGCGCUGCAACGCCGAGAGCCCAACCUGGUCUCGAGGCUGGAGAGGCACGGCGUGGAGCUCAAGGUCGCCAAGGCGGAGGUGGAGCUGAGCGUGAAGCGGCUUCGGGCCUGGGGGGCCCGGGUCCAGGCCCAAGGCUGCGCCCUGCAGGUCGCAGAGCUGAGAGGCCCCGUGCUUCGGCUGCGGGAGCCGUUGGGCGUGCUAGCGAUUGUGUGCCCGGACGAGUGGCCCCUGCUUGCCUUCGUGUCUCUACUGGCCCCCGCCCUGGCCCACGGCAACACUGUGGUCUUGGUGCCCAGCGGGGCCAGUCCCAUCCCUGCCUUGGAGGUCUGCCAGGAGAUGGCCGCCUUAUUGCCAGCAGGCCUGGUGAAUGUGGUAACAGGAGACCAGGACCACCUGACCCGCUGCCUCGCCUUGCACCAGGACAUCCAGGCCCUCUGGUAUUUCGGAUCUGCCCAGGGCUCCCAGUUUGUGGAGUGGGCCUCGGCAGGAAACCUCAAGCCGGUGUGGGUGAACAGAGGCUGCCCGCGCGCCUGGGAUCAGGAGGCUGAGGGCGCAGGCCCGGAGCUGGGGCUGCGGGCAGCACGGACCAAGGCCCUGUGGCUGCCCAUGGGGGACUGAUUGCCCAGCACUCCCACUCCAUCUCGGACAGGGAAGACAUGGACCCCAAGUGACACCAGACAUCUGGAACUUGCCUUAGUAUGGUUCCCGUGCCCUCCAAUAAACUCUGACCAAUCUUGGCUGUGCUUCUGAGGGGAGGAUGGGAGGAAAUAGCAACUUCUGGCCUAUUGAGGCCAUUUCAUUCAGAGACUCAGCGGCCCUGUGGACUGGCUCCAGGACAACGCAGUGCUUGUGAAACAGAUAAAGGGGACGCAGAAGCUUUGGACGGGGCUCUAGGGACUCUUGUCUCUUCUCGUCUUUUCCAUCCAGUGGCUCCUGCUCCCUGGCUUUCUCUGAGUAUGCCUUGCCUCAAAAUCUGUGAUGUGCUGGUGUAAAGCAAACUGCAAACACACACACAAAAACAAUUAUACUCCAAAAAAUAAAAAAUAAAAUAC